AUGGGGGAUGCUACACAGCUUGUGUUCAUCGAUCACACUACAGAGCACGUUCAGCUUGCCCAAUGGGCAAAAGCCAAGGCAGAACACCCGCUCCUGUAUUCUGCGACCGAAAACGGUAUCCAGGACCCCUGGUAUGGAGCCUAUAGCAUGAGGUUGAAGAAUGGGCCCUUGUGGACAGAGCCCAAGCAGCUGGCUGCGUACAUUCCCUUAUCAAAUUCGAAUGCUGUCUUUAGCUAUAAAGGUGAAACACCACCUCUAAAUACGGACAAGUCAGUGAAUUGGGCCGCUAUGAACCCGAGGAAGGGACGGGAAACAUACACAAAGAGAAAGGCAUCGACUACCAAGGUAUUAAGUACAUACUUCCUCAAGAUCCAGGAGCAGUAUCCAAAGUAUGAGCCGGCUGUUGUAUUUCAAAGGUGGCUUGACCGUUUGGCGGUGUUCAACCAACGGGAACAAGAGGAGGCCAUAUAG